CUAAUAUUUUCUUUUUGGUGCGCUGACACUGCUGUUUAUUCCACAUCUUUACUCUCGUUCCAUCAACCUGCUAAAAAAAUGGUGGUCUCACGACUUUUUGCAAGAGGACUCAGCUUGGGAAAAUUCCAGGGCACCUGUUCCCACAUGUUAAUCAGGAAUCUUAAGCAAGAUUCGUUUUCGACCAGCUGGCCAAAGAGGGUGAAAAUCGUGGAAGUCGGGCCACGAGAUGGUCUGCAGAACGAGCCGAAAAACAUCCCGACCAACGUUAAAAUCGAACUCAUCCAACGGCUGACAGAAGCCGGCCUGAAGGACAUAGAAACAACUAGUUUUGUUUCACCCAAAUGGGUACCACAAAUGGGCGACCAUAAGGAGGUCAUGCAGAGCUUAGAGAGGCUUCCAGGCGUCAAUUAUGUCGCUCUAGUACCCAACCUAAGAGGGCUCGAAUCUGCACAAUCGGUGGAUACCAAAGUGAUAGCAGUAUUUGGCGCUGCGUCUGAGACUUUCAGCCUUAAAAACAUCAAUUGUUCAAUAGAAGAGAGCGUUAACAGGUUCAGAGAUGUCGCAAAUGCAGCUAAAGCGAAAGGAAUGAAAGUCAGAGGUUAUGUGUCCUGUGUAUGCGGCUGUCCAUAUGAGGGAGCUGUCGAUCCAAAAAAAGUCGCUUAUGUAGCUAAAAAGCUAGAUGAAAUAGGUUGUUAUGAAAUUUCUCUGGGUGACACAAUAGGAGUUGGAACACCCGGUACUAUGAAAGCAAUGCUAGAAGAAGUUAUAAAAGAGGUUCCGGUUAAUAAACUCGCUGUUCACUGUCACGAUACUUACGGUCAAGCACUGUCGAACAUCUUAACCGCACUACAGAUGGGUGUCACGGUCGUCGAUUCAUCAGUGGCAGGGCUUGGCGGUUGCCCGUACGCAAGAGGCGCCUCUGGAAACGUCGCGACAGAAGAUCUAGUCUACAUGCUCAAUGGCAUGGGCAUCAAAACUGGUGUUGAUCUCAGCAAAGUUCUGAGUACAGCAGCAUUCAUUUGCAAUGCCCUGGACAGAACAACACAGUCAAAAGUCGGCCGGGCCAUGCCGAAAUUGUGACUUUGUUGUCGUGGAUGUUAAUAAUACCUGUGAUUUCCUUUGAACUUCAGUGAUAAACUGUCCUAUCCAAUUCGAUAAAAAAUUAUGUUUAUUUACGCAUUG